CCAGGGCAAGAGCAUCUACCGGGAGUGCUUCGAGGAGCAGUUCCUCGACGCCACGCGGAAGUUCUAUCAGGACGAGUCGGUGCAAUACAUUUCGCAGAACACGUGCUCCGAUUACCUGAAGAAGGCCGAGAAGCGCAUCCGAGAGGAGAAAUCGCGGGUGGAGAACUACCUGCACGAGUCCACCAUGGAGAAGGUGCAGGAUCUGUGCGACCGCGAGUGGAUCACCGUGCACUGCAGCACGCUCAUUCACAUGGAGAACUCGGGGUGCUCGUGGAUGUUCCAGCACGACAAGGUGCAGGACCUCGAGAGGAUGUACUUCCUGUUUAGCCGGGUGCCAGCAACGCUCAAGGAGGUGCAGAGAGUAAUGAUGGACUGCAUCUGUGAGUCGGGCCGAGAUAUCCUGAACGACCCUGAAAAGGUCAAGGAUCCCGUGUCCUUCAUCACGGCGAUCUUGGCCUUGAAGCACAAGUACGAUCAGUUCGUGAAGGAGUCCUUCAAGGAGAACAAGGAGUUCCAGAUUGCGCAGAAGCAGGCGUUCGAAAGCUUCCUGAACAAGGACACGAGGACCGCCCAGUACCUGUCCCUGUUCGUGGAUGAUAUGUUCCGGAAGGGCCUCAAGGGCAUGUCCAGCGACGUAGAGAUCGACUCCAACCUGGAACAGGUGGUGACCGUCUUCCGCUUCCUGCAAGACAAGGACGUGUUUGAAAACUUCUACAAGCAGCACCUCGCCCGGCGCUUGCUGACGGGGCGCAGCGUCAGCGACGAGGCAGAGAAGAGUAUGAUCUCCAAACUGAAGAGCGAGUGCGGCCAUCAGUACACCUCCAAGCUGGAGGGCAUGUUCCAAGACAUGAAGCUCUCCGAGGACCUGAUGAAGCAGUACAAGAGCGCCUCCGCCAGCGGCUCCGCGGGGCCCUCCCAGCAGCGGGCGCGCGGCUCCGCGGCGGGAGCUGCAGCGGGCAGCCUGGCGCCGCCCACCGCCGCGGCUGGGGGCAUCGAGCUCAAGGUCUCGGUGCUGACCUCGGGGUUCUGGCCCGGGCCGCCCGGGGCGCCUUGCGAGAUGCCGCCGGAGGUGCAGGAGUGCUGCAGCCGCUUUGAGACCUUUUACCUGGCCAAGCACACAGGCCGGCGCCUCUCCUGGCAGCCGAACCACGGCCUCGCGGACAUCAAGGCCAUGAUGCCCAAGUCCAGGCACGAGCUUAACGUCUCGACCUACCAGAUGUGCAUCCUGGUGCUUUUUAACGCCCACCAGACCCUGUCCUACCAGGACAUUCAGAUGCAGACGAAGAUUCCCGCGGACGAGCUGAAGCGGCAUCUGAUGAGCCUCUACGUCAAUCCGAAGGCAAAGAUCUUAGUCAAGUGCGGCGCUUGCAGCAACGACAAGGACAAGGCGUCCAAGGAACCGCAGGACGGCGACCGCUUCACAGUGAACGCCGCCUUCGACAGUAAGCUUUUCAGGAUCAAGGUGCCCCUUGUGCAGCUGAAGAGCAUGCCCGGUCAGGAGGGCGGCGGGCUCCAGCGCGUCGAGGCGGCAGAGGGCGCGGCCAUCGCGGGCGGCAGCGACGUGCCCGCGACCGUGGAGGAGGACAGAAAGCACCUGGUGGAGGCGGUGAUUGUGCGCAUUAUGAAGAGCCGGAAGACGCUGGACCACAACCAGUUGGUCAUGGAGGUGACCCGGCAUUUGACGUCCCGAUUCCAGCCGUCGCCCACGCUCAUAAAGCAGCGCAUCGAGAAGCUCAUAGAGCGAGAAUACCUCGAGAGGUCGCAGCAGGACCGCAGGGUCUACAACUACCUUGCCUGACGGGCCCUCGUGGCUCGCACCGGGCGUCUCACCGCCGCGCGGCGAGGAUAGUGAGGUGCUGGCCUGUGGCUGUGGCUGCGCCUCGGCCGCGCGGACGAAGCAAAGCCAGCUCGGAGCGCGCCAUGCAGCCGCGUGCCUCAAUAGUUGUAGCCAGUCUGUGUUUCUCUCCUUUGAAGCGCGCCGCGCGGCGAUCGCGACACCCCGCUCGCAUCCGGCUAGUCCGCCGCAGCAGGGAGCCGCAGCAGCGCUGCCCCUUCGGCACGGCCCUGCUCGUGCGACCUCGUGCGUGCCCUCUCCCGCCCUCCUCCCAAGCAGGGACUGGCAGGCGGACCUGAUCUCGCACCUCUCGUCUGCUUGGGCGCGUGGCGAGUUUAGGCGCCCAUUGCGCCAGCGCCCAGCGCGGGCUGGCCGAGUAGAGGGUCCAAGCUGACCCCCUGGGCGCUCGGAAUCGGGCAACCGCGCGCUCCUGCCCAUGCCUCCAGCCGGCGCCCGCGUGUCCUGGUAGACCAGCGGUUCGUGGGUCUCCUGGCGGUGCAUAUUGAGGACACAGACAAUAUGCGAGUGCCGCCCACUUUAGCGUGGUACGCUGUUCGCCUUGACGAAAAUUCUCCUUCGCCAGCAUCUCUGCGUGCCCCGAUGUCGCUGCUCUUCCUCGUCCUUCUCCCUGGGAUUGUAAGGCUGCCUGGCAGCACUAGAGCUAUCCGCCUACGCCGGUCAAUACUAGGCCGAACUUUUGCCAGGGGAGCGGUGGAUACGCCGCUCCAGCCCAGCGGGCAAGGCGCACCCACCACUUUCGGGACUCGGCCUGGCCAGGUGGGCCUUCUCUGAGGUGCGCCUCCAGCUCACAGCGGGUGAAGCCAUAGGUGACAUCCGCGCAUCGAGCACAGACCACCGUCCGCAGGCGGCAAGGUGGCUUGCAUGAUCC